AUGCGAUGGGAUGCACACCCUGAUGGGAUUCGUAAUUCCAACGUUGCGGUGUUGGCCCUUCCUGCAGAACUCACUGACCUGAUCUUCGAAUUGGUAUUGCACGAAGAACGAAGCGCCCUUUUCUACCACAGGAACAAGAAAAGAAAUCAUCCUUGGACGGAGCUGAGCCUUGCACUCGUCUGUCGUCAGUGGCGCGCGGUGGCAGUUGAGACCACGUCUCUCUGGUGCACAUACACUUUCGUCGGACAAGCCCGCGACCUUGCUACCUCGCUCGGACGGCUGGAAGGAUACUUAGGACGGUCUUAUCCUCGUCCCCUUGACCUUCUACUCGAUUUCGUCACUAUUCUGGAGCCUCUCCGCCAUCUCUCCGCCCCUCGCCUGGAACACUUCCAAGUUGAAACGAACGACCAUCUGUCUGACUUUGCUCGUCCACCUACGAAACCAGGAGUUUACAUCAACAGUCUCUCGCCAACGAUAUUCCAGGCAGGCGCCCCAAAGCUAUCGUCCUUUUGGCUCCAACCAUCAUUGUAUCAUUGCUGCUGCCCUCCUACGGCGAACAUUACGACCCUCCAUUUCACUUUCCACGAGCACGACCUCUUUGGCAGCGGCUUGGGAUUCGAAGCCUUCCAGCACGUCUUGAGACUUCCAACGUUGGAAAAUCUAUCAAUAAAAGGAGACCUCUUAUCAGUCGCCGGAGCAUGCGACUUCUAUAGUCACCCAGAAACAUACCACAUGCCGCGGCUUCAGAAUUUGCGGCUUCAGAAUUCCCCGUUGCUACUAGAUGCUCUUCCCUGCUUGAGAGCACCAGCCCUGGGAUCUCUCAUCCUUGAAGACUUCACACUGUUCGACGUCCCAGACAACCACAUUCCAAACUAUCACUUCCCAUCUUUACGGUCGUUGGCUCUAAUCGAUCACAAAACUGUCGCUAUACAGCAUUGGUCUGAAAGGCCAUUAUUUUUCUACCACUUGACGCAGAAGAUAACCCAUCUGACGGUCUCGCAGCGAGACGCUUUCGGUGACUGGAUAGUGCAGGAGGUCAUGAACACCGAUAGAAAUAUUGGGCCCGAUUUACUCGUCGCCACUUUCAACGCCGAGGGCUCCUGGCAUCCAGAGGACUACGUCGAACUGGGCAACCGUAGAAUCUGCGGUUGCAGUGGGAUUGCACUCCAUAUCCCCGAAAGACUGCUUCAAAGAUGGAAGGAUGGCAUUACGCCAGAAUUCCCGUAUUCAAAGAUCGAGGCGGCUUUCCGAGAGAUUCAACCUAUCAGCGAUGACGAGAGCGACCUGAUCCUCAGCCGGAACUUCCCACCUGGCAAUACAGUUGCCCUCAUAAGAAACGGCCUUGGUCUCGAUAAAGGCUUUCACUCCAUGAACUGGUUUACGAUGCAGGACAACCGCAUUGCCCCCGGACCUUACUUCCACCAUGUUUCUUUCUGCUUCUCUUUGACGAUUUAA